AAGAAACGAUACGCUAGUGAACACCUUACUCACGGUGCGGCAAAUAUCCCUAAAAAGUAUUAUUAAGGGUACAAUUGCAAUACUCAGGCAACGAUCAGGAACAUGGCAACUCUAUACUAUUCAUGUUGCGGUUAUCUCUUUCUUUGUGCAGCUUCCCCGCAGAAAUCAACUGAUCGUAUAUAAGAGAAGCAAAUCAUGCAGUUUGCCUUUCUUCUUUUCGAACCAUCACCUUCAUCAUCAUGGCUCCCCACGAUAUUACAACAGAUCCUUCAAUCAACAAUGGACAAGAUGAAAAGGCUGUUGAUAGUCUAAGAGAUGUAGAAUCUAACGAACAAACAAAGGUAGUCGAUAGACGAGACCAUUUUGCAGAUUACAAUGAAGCAGGUCUAAAACGAUCUUUGGGACAACGACAAUUAGCUUUCAUCUCUAUUGGAGCAGCGAUUGGAACGGGUGUGUUCUUGGGGACAGGUGGUGCAUUACAAAAUGGUGGACCGUUGGGAUUGUUCCUUGGUUAUCUCGUAAUGGCAACCGUUAUCAUCUCCGUGUUAUGCUGUGUUGGUGAAAUGGUUGCUUACUUACCAGUAAGUGGCGGUCACUUGACUCUGGCAGGUCGAUUCGUUGAUCCUUCCUUCUCCGCUGCUGCCUCGUGGAACUACUGGCUAUGCUGGUGUCUCGUGCAAUGUGCUGAAAUUUCUGCUGCUGCAACGCUUGUUGGUUAUUGGAGGCCGGAUAUCAAUCCAGGUAUUUGGACGGCAAUCUUCUUAGUGUUCAUUCUUGCUGUCAACGUCAUGGGCGUAAAGUGGUACGGAGAAGUGGAAAGCUACUUCGUCUUGAUCAAACUAGUCACAAUUGUUGGUUUGGUCAUCACCGGUAUUGUCAUCUCUGCAGGAGGUGCGCCAAAUAAAACAAGUAUCGGUUUUCGUUUUUGGCGUAACCCUGGUCCUUUGGUACAAUACAAGGGAAUUGACGGUUCCACUGGUCGUUUCUUAGGCUUCUUCUCCGUUUUAAUGCAAGCAGCAUUCUCACAGAUUGGAAGUGAGAUGCUUGCUCUAGCCGCUGCAGAGACUCGCAACCCUCGUAAAGCUUUACCAAUGGCCCUCAACACAGUUUGGAUUAGAAUCAGUUUAUUCUAUCUAACUUCCGUCUUCGUUAUCGGUAUUACUGUUAGCAGUACUGAUCCACGUUUGGGUUCAGGUGGUACAGCUGCCGCAAGUCCGUUUGUGAUCGCGAUCAAAGAUGCAGGUAUUCGUGCUUUACCUUCGAUUAUCAAUGCAGCGAUCUUGACUUCAGCUCUCUCUGCCGGUUGCGCAGAUUUGUUUACCGUUUCCAGAGCUGCCCACUCGCUGGCACGAAAAGGAAUGGCACCAAAGAUCUUUGCUUAUACGACGAAACAUGGAAUUCCACUUUGGGCAAUGUUGAUAUCUUGGUUGAUGGCUUUCUUAUCGUUUUUGAGCAUCAACAAUGGAAGUAGUAAGGCGUUUACCUUCUUUGUCAAUUUGACUUCCAUUUCCGGCAUCAUCACUUGGCUCGUGAUCGCCAUCACAUUCAUUCGAUUCCACGCAGGAAUGAAAGCGCAAGGACUUUCACGUGAAAUGCUUCCAUGGAAAACGCCGGGCAAUUUAACAAUCUUUAUGGCAUGGUGGGUUGUAUUUAUGAUUUCGAUCGUAUGUAUCUUUUCCGGUUGGACAAGUUUACGCCAAUGGGAUCCAUCUGGAUUCUUUAGUACGUAUACGCCAAUCGGAUGGUUUGUGAUCUUCUUUGUCCUUUUCCGUUUGAUGUGGAGGACCAAAUUUGUUCGAGCAGAAGAGAUGGAUUUCGUUUCGGGUCUUGCUCAAAUCGAACAGGAUGCCAAAGAUUGUGAUCUGGAAGAUGAGAUCAAUCGUCCACAUACAGCUUGGGGAAGAUUUAAGAGAUGGUGGGGAUGAUGGCAUAAAAUGCAUGUAUUCAUACUUUCCAAAAUUAAAUUCUUGAUGACGCGCU